AUGGCAGAGGUUGCGCAGAUUACAGAAUGGCCAGACUACACUGUCAACCCCCAGGGUGGUGAUCCCAUCACACAAGACUUGACCUCCCCAUACGACAAGGGCGAUCUAUGCUGGAUAUUGAUCUGCACCGUCGUCUGCUGGCAGAUUACGCCGGCAAUAGGUUUCCUCUACGCUGGUAUGCAUAGAAGAAAAUCGGCUUUGACAAUGGUUUUCCAGUCACUGUUCUGUGCCUCAGCAGCGGGCAUCCAGUUCUGGGUUUAUGGUUACUCUCUGUACAUGAGUCGAACCACCAAUCCGUUCCUUGGAGACUUGUCCCUUGCAGGUCUUCACAACGUGUUGGCUUCACCAUCCAUAGCGAAUGCCGACAUUCCUGACAUUCUUUAUGCCUGCUUUGGCUUCACCUUCGUCACUGCAACCGCGAUGAUUCUGGCAGGAGCAAUGCUGGAGCGAGGCCGCCUCUGGCCAAGCAUGUUUUUUCUCCUGUGCUUCAACACGUUCAUUUACUACCCACUGGCAUACCAAGAAUGGAAUUUAAACGGUUGGAUCUACAAAAUGGGAGUUUACGAUUUUGCAGGUUCUGGUCCGGUACACAUCGCUAGUGGCUUUGCGGCUCUUGCUUGGUCAAUGAUGCUCGGACCUCGAAUCUCCGACAGUACAACAAGUAUGAGGAAACGCGCAAUUCACUACAAACCACAUAACCCCUUCUUGGUUGCCUUUGGAACAGUGUUCAUAUGGUUUGGUUGGUUCGCCUUCAAUGGUGCCUCAACAGCGAAUCUGAGCUUAAGAUCAGUCUACGUCGUGGUCAACACGAACCUUGCAGCCUGUGGCGGUGGCAUCGGGUGGACUCUCCUCGAAUAUUAUCACAGCCGUAAAUUUUCCAUCAUUGGCUUUUGCAGCGGCAUAAUUUCAGGGCUAGUAGGCAUCACGCCGGCUGCAGGCUUUGUGCCAGUUUACGUGGCUGCACUCAUCGGCUUUAUUACCUCAAUCUGCUGCUUCUACACCAACCGUUUCAAGUAUCUAUUGUCGGUAGAUGAAGGUUUGGACAUAUUCGCGAUACACGGAAUUGGGGGAGUUUGUGGUGAUAUAAUGACUGGAUUUUUCGCUGCAUCCUGGGUACCUGCGCUCGAUGGCGUUAGUGGGGGUACAUACGCUGGUGGUUGGUGGGAAGGCAAUUGGAAACAAAUGGGCUACCAACUAGCGGCUGCGAGCUACUGUGCGAGCUGGUCUUUUGUUGUGUCGUGCAUCCUGUUGUUCGUUAUCAACAAAAUUCCUGGCAUGCAUCUAAGAGUGAAAGAGGAAGACGAAAUCAGGGGUCUGGAUUUCAAGUACCUGAAUGACGCGGAGGAGUGGUUGGCAGGGAAUGUGACAGCACACGAAGGUGUGCCUAUGAGUGACACCCCUCAAGAGGCAGCAAGUGAUCGCAGCGUGGUCGAGCAAGGCUACGGACCCACAAAGACCGAGUGA